AAAACAGCUUGGCAAUUUGAAGAAGAUAGAAAUCUAAUGUGAUAUUUGUAAGGCUUGAGCUCAAUUUCACGGAGUGAGUUUGUUUCUACCAGUGUAACUGAUAGGUAUGGCACAAUUGGAUAUAAUUCUAUUAAUUUGUUUCAACAUUUUAGUUUUGAAAGAUACGUCUACGGCUGAAAAGCUGUGGUUCAAUAAUAACAACCCAAGACACCUUCCAUUUCCCAUGGGUCUUGGAAAUAAAAUACAGAUAAUAACAGGAGUUGGAGUUCCAAUAGAAGUUUCAGGACAGAGUAUAUCUCUGGGCCUCAUUUUGAAAUCCAACUACGAACUGCCAACAAAUGUAUCAAUAUAUACAGAAGUAGAAGAUAAUUUCAGGAGGAUGAGUCCUCCAACAAGGUGGCAGCUGUAUGAAACCUUUGAAGCUGCUUUGGAUAGCAGAUUCACAAUGGGCGGACGAUCCUGCCUAUUGCAAAGCAUUUGUAAGGCUGCAGAAGCCUCUCUGAACCACAGUGGAAUUCUUGGAGAGAUACUUCACUUGCUACUUAUGCCAUCAUCAUCUACGGAAGAAAUCAGUGGCCAUCCAGAUUACUACAGAGCUGAAAUGAACGGUAAACUUGGGCUGAAGAGAUGUGAGGAAAUGUAUCCAGAAUGUCCUAAUGAUAUACUGGAUGUGAUUACGAGCACACAUUACUGAACGAUGAUGAAAAGUCAUUCGACUUUUUAUGAAAAUGUACAAGUCUUCUAACAUCAGCAAUUUAAAAAUUGCCAAGGUUAUACCAAUCCACAAGUCUAGCAGUAAAAGUAAUAUGAACAACUACAGGCCCAUUUCCUUGUUAUGUGUAGUAUCAAAGAUAUUGGAAAAGUGUGUCAAAUUGCAAUUUCAGAGGUAUUUGGAAGAAAACAAGAAUACCUCGGAUGCACUGUUUGCGAUUAAUAAGGCAUUCAUGGAGGCAAUCAAUCUAGACCAGAAGGUAUUAUCAGUUUUUGUUGACCUGGCCAAGGCUUUUGAUUCGAUAGACAGAGACAUACUCUUUGUAAACUGAAGUUUAUGGGGGUGAGUGGCUUGGCCUUGGCCUGUUUUAGGAGCUAUCUUGGUAAUAGAAGACAGGUGGUUUCCA